AUGACAACGGCGGAGGGCCACAGUCUGCUGACGCAGUGGCAGUUGCGGAGUUUUAUUUUAUUUAUCUUCUAUGCCAGGUUUGAUAGCCCAACACUAUCGCGUCGUAAUGUACUCGAGCGCUGUCGAGAGUCGACCCACUUCGAACAUUUGGACAACCAUAGAUUUCAUCCGCGGCAGGCGGCAGCUAGACCCCAACGUAAUUUCCAUAUUCAACCCGUUAUUUCAAGGUUUUCCAGAUGUUUCAGUAAAAAUAAAAACGCCGUAGACUGUGGGUGCAGCAUCUCGAGUGCGCGCCGUAAUCAGAGCUAA